CCGCUGACACACCAGAGGCAACAUGAAGCUAUGGGUUUUCCUGCUGCUCGGCCUGCUCACUGAGGCUUUUGCUGCCGAUGAGUCCUGUCUGGGCCGCUGUGAAAACGGCUUUGACUCUCAGAUGAAGUGCCAGUGUGACUCCAUGUGCAAGUAUUACAAGAGCUGCUGCUCCGACUUUGAGACCAUCUGUGGUAUGAUGACUCGUGGAGACACGUUUGUGAUUGCAGAAGAUGAUGACGACUCGCCUGGAGCCACCACUCCAUCUCCUAGGCGUUCGACGGGUGACCAGUCUUCCACAGUCGUUGGCCAUCAGCCGAAGACCACCCGGCCCUCUGUCCAAGACUUCAACCCCAGGACUCAUCAACAUCGAGAGAGCUCUCUUCAAAUGACCAGACCCCCGAGACUGAACACUGAGAAGGUCACACCUCCUUCAAACACGGUACCCCCCACCACAGCUGAAGCUUCUCCGACUGAUCCAACAGCCGAGACCACCACCGUUCCCGUCACGACAGGCACCACCGAACCCCCAGACCCAGAUGCAAAAGCCUGCAGCGGCACGCCUUUUGACUCCUUCCUGCAGCUUAAAAAUGGCUCCAUCUAUGCCUUCAGAGGGGACUACUUUUUUGAGCUGGACCAGAAGGCGGUCGUUCCUGGUUAUCCUAAGCUCAUAAAAGACGUGUGGGGCAUCAGAGGGCCCAUUGAUGCUGCAUUCACCCGCAUCAACUGUCAGGGGAAGACCUACAUGUUUAAAGGAAACAAGUACUGGAGGUUUGAUGACGGCGUGCUUGAGGAGGACUACCCUCGAGAUAUCAGCGUUGGCUUUGACAAGAUUCCUGAUCACGUGGAUGCAGCGUUUGCCCUACCUGCUCCUGGUCACCACGGGAAAGAGAAAGUCUACUUUUUCAAAGGGGACCAGUACUACAUGUAUGAGUUUGUCCACCAGCCAUCCCACGAAGAAUGUGUUGACAUGACUGCCAGGUCUCCGUCUACACUGUUCAGGCACUACACAGACGUAUACUCCAGCAACUACGAGCGAUUCUUCAGCGAGCUCUUCUCUGACUUGCCACAGCAUCAUGACAAGCACCACUUCAUUAACAAAGACUGGAAGGGCCUCAAGUCUCCAGUGGAUGCUGCCAUGACUGGAAGAAUCUAUGUGCCUUCCACGAGGCCGUCCCGCCGCUACGACUACAGGGCCGACCACCAGUGGGGUCAGCAGUACCAGCAGAACGGAUGGCAGAGGCGUCAAAGGCGCUCGCCGCCGUUCUGGGGGUCGAUGGCUGAGCAGGGCAUGAACAUGGGCCAGGACUUUGCUCAGAGGGGGAUGGAAAUGGGCUUGAGACUGGCAGAGAAGAGGAUGGAAUUGGAGGAAAGGCUUGGACGAGACUGGGACAGGGGGUGGGAUCGAGACUGGGACCGGCGGUACGAUCAAGACUACGACCAGUACAGGCGGUGGGAUCGCUACAACCGGAACAACAGAGGGAACUAUGAUUCCAGAGAUGAGAGGUUCUUCACGCCGGACAUGCCCAUACAGAGCGUCUACUUCUUUAAAGGAGAUAAAUACUACAGAGUGGACCUCAGGACUAAGAGAGUUGAUCCCGGCAUGCCAUCAUACCCCAGAUCCAUCGCCAAGUACUGGCUCGGCUGUUCAGGCACCACAGGGGCAGAGAAGAAAUAGCUUCACAUAUUUUAAUUCAUCUUUUUGGUUCUGUUUUUCUGUGUGUGUUUGUGUGUGUGUUUACUGGGGCUAAAGUAGUGUAUAAUGAAAUCAUUUUGACUACAGGUGCACUAAAUAUGUGAAGUGACACACAUACCACGCUUCUCAUCGACUUUAGCAAACAUCAGCGAUCAGCAGAAGUCCACAUGGCCAAAGUUCAACCGCCUGAUGCGCUAAACUGUUAUCUCAUUGGCUCCAAACAUCAGUUGAGCAAUUUUAUUAGACAUAACCACAGUAAAAUCACACUAAAAUUAAAAAAAAAAAAAGAAGCAGCUUAGAGUAAAAACAUUGCCGUAAUCGUGAAUGUUAUCUAAAUCCUGCUUCAUAAAUGUACUUUUUCCCCUCAUUAUUAAUUAUUAAUAUGUAUGCAGUGAAAAUAUGCCAUAAAAGACUGCAGUUACAUGUUGUUAUUGCAACAGCAGUGCCUUAUGACUGGUGGGUCGAUGCUCUUUGAAAUCUUUACUUUAGGCUGUCAUCACGGUGGCAUGCCUUCCUCACUUCUGGUGACUUUUACAGCAGAACUCAUCUAUACUACACAGUGACGCCUGUUGAGUUUUAAUUGACCGAUGUUAAAGGAUGUCCUGAUUUUGAGUGAGUUUGAUCACAAAUUCACAAUCUGUUUGAGCCAUGACUAAUGAACCUUUUUCUCACGCUCAAAAAAUAUGUAUGCAAACCGGUUCAUCACGCGCUGAUCUGAUACCUUCUUCAUAAAUAUUUCGUCAGGUGUUUCUAUCAUACUGGAGCCCUCCAUUAGUGCUAUAUGCUCCUAGUUUAUCUGCUUAUACUUAGCGAGGAAAGCACAUCCACAUAUUAAAGUACUUGUAUUUAUCCCAUUUGUGACAUGCAGCCAUGAAGUAAAUAAAAAAGAUGAUCCUAUGUAAUAGAAAACACAUGUGAUUCCUGGAUUUUUCUGACUCAUUUAUCUUUAAAUUUAAUAUAAACACACUGCUAUCUAUAUCCUUUAUAACACAGCAAUACAUCUAAUUGCAUUAACUGGAUUUAAACAUAAAACUUUAUUACAAAAGCACCAUCAUUUUCUUUAAGUCAUUUGCUCAUAGAGGUUUACCAUUUGUGCCUGUAAAGUUAUUCCUGCAGAAUAAUAAACAUGCAGGUUUGUUGCCGUCAGACCUGCUGACUUGUUAA